UUGAUAGUCAUAACCAAAACUUCAAAUCCAAUUCAAAUUAUGUGAUGACAGUGAAAUGCCCAAAUACCGUAACACCCCCCUUCCCUUCAAGUUGGAGGGGAGGAACAAACACCCAACUUGCCCAAAAGAUUAUGAUGAAUAGGACCGGUGAGUGACUUGGUAAAUAGAUCUGCGAGUUGUGAGGAAGAUUUGACAUAGGAGAGUGAAAUUAACCCUGCGAGAUACUGUUGACGAACAAAAUGAUAGUCGAUUUCGACAUGUUUUGUUCGUUCAUGAAAAAGAGGGGUUUUCGCAAUGUGAAUGGCGGCGAUGCUAUCAGAAUGGAGUGGAACGGACAACGAAAUAGGGAUCGAUAGAUAGAUCAUCAAACAAGCGUACUAACCAGGUGACCCAGUCGGAAUCACAAAAAGCCAUCAACUUGAAGCAAGAUGUUGUAGACGUAAACAGACCCAGGACAGGAUCCUUCAACAAAUACCGUAACCCUCGCAAAGCAGCAGUCAAAUGAGGUUCUCGAGGGUCCUGCAUAUACUGACUAAGAUGUUGGACUAUGAAGGAUAGAUCAGGCCUUGUAUGUGUGAGAUACUGGAGAAAGAUGAAGAAAGUCAAACUCUUGGAGCAAUUCGAGAAUGAACUUCCUUUGAGAAAGGAUCAGGCCUUGAUGUUCUCGAACAACUUCCAUACUAAGGAAAAAAUGUCUUUCCAGAGGCUUUUGGCACUGACUAAGUACAAGACACUUUCAGCAAUCUCCUUAGAGAGUGAAUUAAGGAGCCAUGACAAAACCAUGUCAUUACAUUUGAUCCAAGCUUUCAGAAGUGAUGAAUCAGAUGUAGGAACGACCCGAUGCAUAAAUUGA